AUGGUCCUCAACAGGAUGGGCGUCUGCCACCUCAUCGGGUUCAACAGCUGGACGGCGGUCCAGGCCUGGACCCACGUCGUGGCCACAGUGGCCUACAUGGAGCUGGAGAAGGACUACCUCCGCCCUCACGAGAGGAUCGGCUUGAGAACUCCGCCGGGCAACAUAUACACCAAGGACUUCUUCGUCAACAAUGCCGACGACCUGGAGCGCCGGGUCAACCUGCGCGUGUCGGAGAUCGAGCGGAACGCCCGGACCCACCCGGACAAGAGCCUGUGGGGCACCGGGCUGCACUACGAGCACUUCAUCGUGGAUGCUCUGGCCGAAGACCGUCUCGCCUCCCGCCAGAGGCCGAGAGGCAACUACCUCUCGACCAGGGCCUACGCGGCCGACCCGGCGACGCUCAUCGCCAACAUGUACGAGCUCACCGACGCCAUCUGCCACAACUACUGGAAGACGGCCGAGACCGACCAGUGGGACCCGUACGACUCGGACAUCCCCUUCACCGACGCUGACGACAUCGCCGACUUUGACAACUGA